CGCAAGAACAGUUCCAAAAGUCCCAACAGUCUACGAAAGGUGGCAGUCGAAGCUCAGCGGUCGCAAGCAGGACUCAUCCGCGGAAGAGGCAAGACGAGACAUGUAGAUCCGGAUGUGGAUACCAAGGACGUGACAGCGUACUGUGCGGCCGAGACUUAUAAUCUCACUGCCGCAAAGCAGGAGCUCGAAGGGUUAGGCUAUCGAGCUGACUCAGAAGCAACCGGACUCUUCCCUCAAGUACUACACGUCCAGACCACGCCCAACAGUCUGAAAGAUGACACAAGUGGGGUCGGCGACGUGUUCGUCUUCCCAUCCGGCUGUGUCGUGACAUGGCAUGUUCCUGAACGUACAGCCAGAGAGCUUGUUACCAAGACUCUCCCAAUCGCGGCAGCAGAGGCCGGACAUCUGGAACGCAUGGAGGAGGAAGAGAUGGAGUUCGUUGAGGACACAUCAAAAGAGACGAGUCGAAUCAUCGGUGAUACCAUCAUCCUCGGCACCAAGAGAUCAGAGCCUCACCAGCAAACAUCUGAUGUCGAAGGUCCGGAAGACCGCACCGAAAUCGACAAGAUUCUUGCGAAGAUUGCCUUCUCCUCCGCUCUCGCCCGUAGCACCAAACUUGCCGUGUUGGAGAACAGACUAUCCGCCUACUUUGCCUCGACUCAAUCAAUCCCACUCACCCUCGCCUCUGGGAAGCCCGUUCGCCAUACUCGCAGCGAGAUCCUGCAAAAGACGGGCGAACUACUGCUCAUUCGAGCGCAAUUGAACCUCUACUCCGAACUCACCGACUCUCUUCCCGAUCUCUUCUGGGACUCGCCGCACGAAUUAGGGCUCGAAGGAUACUAUGAAAUGGUCGGACGUGCGCUUGAUGUGGGUGUGAGAAUCAAAAGUCUGAAUGAGAAAAUGGACUAUGCUGGCGAGAUCGCAGCGGUAUUAAGGGAGAGACUGAGCGAGAAGCAAGGUUGGAUGCUAGAAUGGAUGAUUAUCGGCUUGAUUUGUAUCGAAGUGGGCUUUGGUGUCGUACAUUUGUGGAGGGAAGGUGAGAUGGCGAAGGAGUGGGAUAACGAAAGGAGAGUACGGAAGCUGGCGGAGGCAUGGCUGGAGCGGGAGUUAAGAACGGAGAAG